CGUCUGUCAGGCCGUCGAUCUGUCCCACGCUGGCAGUCAUGAUCUGGAGCGCCACAUCGCGGGGCGUCCACCAGCCGGACAACACCGCAUUCACGCAGCAGCGCCUCCCAGCCUGGCAGCCACUGCUAUCAGCCAGCAUCGUUCUGCCGCUCUUCUUCUGCGUCGGCCUGGCCUUCAUCGGUCUGGGCCUGGGCCUUUACUACUCCUCCAACGGCAUCAAGGAGCUCGAGUACGACUACACCGGCAACCCGGGCACCGGCAAUUGCUCGGUGUGCGCCGCAGCCGGCCAGGGCCGCGCGCCGCCGCCCAGUUGCUCGUGCACCUGGUACUUCUCGCUGCCGGAACUCUUCCAGGGCCCCGUGUUCCUCUACUAUGAGCUCUCCAACUUCUACCAGAACAACCGGCGCUACAGCGUGUCCCGUGACGACGAGCAGCUGAGCGGGCUGCAGAGUGCGCUGCGCCAUCCAACCAACGAGUGCGCCCCUUACCAGCGCACUGCCACCGGCCUGCCCAUCGCGCCCUGCGGGGCCAUCGCCAACAGCCUCUUCAACGACUCCUUCUCACUGUGGCACCAACGCCGGCCAGGCGGGCCCUACGUCGAGGUGCCUCUCGACCGCACCAGCAUCGCCUGGUGGACUGACUACCACGUCAAGUUCCGCAACCCGCCACUAGUGAACGGGAGCCUGGCGCUGGCCUUCCAAGGUACCGCGCCCCCGCCCAACUGGCACCGUCCGGUCUACCAGCUUAGCCCGGACCCCAACAACACCGGCUUCAUCAAUCAGGACUUCGUGGUGUGGAUGCGCACGGCGGCGCUGCCCACGUUCCGCAAGCUGUACGCUCGCAUCCGCCAGGGCAACUAUUCAGCUGGCCUGCCACGGGGCUCCUACUUUGUCAAUAUCACCUACAAUUACCCGGUGAGCUCCUUCGGCGGCCACAAGCUCAUCAUCUUCAGCAGCAUCUCGUGGAUGGGUGGCAAGAACCCUUUCCUGGGCAUCGCCUACCUGGUGGUUGGUUCCGUCUGCAUCCUCAUGGGCUUUGUCAUGCUGGUCGUCUACAUACGCUACCAAGACCAGAAUGAGGAGGAUGAGGAGGAAUGAUUCUUGCUUCUUGCAAAAACUCUUUUAACUGUCCCCUCCUCUUCUCCCACACAAUUCCGACCUCACCUCCGUUUCCCCUAUCUUAGGGAUGAGGU